AUGAUUCCUUCACCUGCUGCAUUUUUGAAGUAUCCUUCACUGUAUUAUUCACCUGCUGCAGUUCUCUUGAAUUCAAAUAUCCCAUCAAAGGAUUGGAUGAAUUUAGCAAGGUAUAGCAAAGAGUAUAUUGAAGGUGUUGAAUCAUUUUUAGAUUUCGCUUACUCUUAUGGAGAUCCUCAAGAAGAGGAAAUUCAGUGUCCAUGUGCAAAAUGUUGUAAUAUUCGUUGGACUCGAAGGAAUGUAAUAUGCUAUGGAUUUGUUAAAGGCAAUACUAGAUGGAUCAAUCACGGGGAAUGGGAUAUCAAGUUGAAUGUUAACGAUGAUAUGGAUUACUCACGUGAUGUUAUUGAUGGGUUGUUGAAUGAUCAAUUUAGAGAUGUUGCACAGGCUGAAGGAGUUUAUGAUAGUCCAAAUGAAGAUGCCAAGAAAUUCUACAACUUAGUUGAAGAGGCAAGCCAAGAAUUAUAUCCUGGUUGUACAGGAUUCUCUAAAUUAUCAUUCACAGUUCGUUUAUAUUUGUUGAAGUGUCUACAUGGAUGGAGCAAUGAAUCAUUCACUUCUCUUUUAGAGUUAUUAAAAGAGGUGAUGCCUGAGUUGAACAUUCCUCCGUCUUACAAUAAAAUCAAGUCUAUGGUUAAGAAUCUUGAUCUUGAUUAUGAGAAAAUUGAUGCAUGUCCCAAUGAUUGCAUGUUGUUCAGGAAUGAUCAUAAGGAUGAUGAAUUUCGUCAUACUCGUGGAGCUUCACGAUAUAUUAAAUCUCCUGAAGUUGAUAGUGAGCUUGAGCCUUCAAAAAAACAACAUCGAGUUUCAGCAAAGACUUUGAGACACUUUCCAUUAAUUCCUAGACUCAAAAGGCUAUUUAUGUGCUCAAAGAUGGCAGAUUCUUUGAGGUGGCAUGACGAGGAGCGUUCUAAAGAUGGAAACUUAAGGCAUCCCGAUGAUGGUCUAGCAUGGAAAGAUUUUGAUUGGUUGCAUCCAAAUUUCGCACUAGAUUGUCGCAAUGUGAGACAUGGCUUGUCAAGUGAUGGAUUCAAUCUAUUUCGAACCAUGAGUUUAUCACAUAGCACAUGGCCAGUUAUGUUGAUGGUGUAUAAUCUGCCGCCUUGGAUGUGCAUGAAAUCUGAAUAUUCUAUACUUCUUUUACUUAUACCUGGGUCGCGAUCACCUGGAAAUGACAUAGAUAUUUACUUACAACCAUUGAUAGAUAUGUUAAAUUUAUUGUGGGAUUCUGGGGUUGAAACAUAUGAUACUUCAAGAAAUCAAACUUUUCAAAUGCGGGCAGCUCAUAUGUGGACAACCAAUGACUUUCCUGCAUAUUCUAUGUUAUUUGGUUGGAGUACAAAAGGAAAGUUUGCUUGCUCUUGUUGUAACUAUGGCACUAAUUCUCACUAUCUUAAACAUAGUCGAAAAAUGUGUUACAUGGAUCAUCGUGUUUUUCUACCCAUGGAUCAUCCAUGGAGAUCUAACAAAAGAUCUUUCAAUGGAAAAACUAAAUUCAGGCCUCCUCCACCUUUCUUAAAGGGAACUGAUGUGCUUAAUAGCUUACAUGAUUUUGAAAAUGUGUUUGGAAAGAAGUGA